GAGGCUGCGACUGUGAUUCUGGACUCUCCGUCUUCGCAUCACAAGUUCACAACUCUUUCUAUAUCAAGCCUCGCCUCACGCUACACGCCAUAGUCACACACACACACACACACACCCAUCUCCAUCCUCACUCCUUAACCGAAAACGCAAAACGCCAACGACGCUUUCUUUCCUCACGCAAAGCUGGCUGAAAAUGGUGGUGGAUGCCAGUGUCGGCGGCGGCGUGCCGUGUCCUUCGGUUUCCUCGAGCAUUUCGCAGGAAGAGCCCGCAAUGGAAACUGGGGCGACCAUCAAGGUAGAGGUUGGUUUUGAUUUUGGUGGUGAUGGUGGUGAUUAUGGUGACGAUGGUGACGAUGGUGCAGUCGAUCGUGGCCGAGCGAGGGAUAAGAAGCCGUGCUCUUCGAGCUUGUCCUCUGGCUUGCCCGCCGGCGGCAAAGAAGACGAAGAUGCUGAGGACGCAGGGAUGGUGAUGGAUCAGGUCGCCGUCUGCAACAAUGGUAAUAACGGGUCGUCCUCCUGUUCUUCGACCUCGCCGCCGCCGCCGUCGGAGAGGCCGCCGAAGCCGAUGGAGGGGCUGAACGAGGUGGGGCCGCCGCCGUUCUUGAAGAAGGCGUUCGAGAUGGUGGAGGACCCGGAGACGGACUCCGUGGUGUCGUGGAGCGAGAAUCGGGACAGCUUCGUGGUUUGGGACCAGCACGAGUUCUCCAAGGACCUCUUGCCCAAAUACUUCAAGCACCAGAACUUCUCUAGCUUCAUUCGCCAGCUCAACACUUAUGGUUUCAGGAAAGUUGAUCCAGACAGGUGGGAAUUCGCAAACGAAGGCUUUCUGGGAGGGAAGAAGCACUUGCUGAAGAACAUCAAGAGAAGAGGCAGAAUCACCAAGAAGCAAGAAGGACACACAAUUCCUGAGGAUAUUCACAGAACGGUGAUGGAUGCUCAAAGAACUGAGGCGGAGUCUGAAAUUCAGACACUCAAGGUAGAUCAGGAGACACUGAAGUCGGAAAUUCUCGAACUGAGGCAGCAACAGGAGUGUUCGCUGAGUGAAAUUGGCGCUGUCGAAGAGCGGAUUCGGUGCGCGGAGUGCCGGCACCAGCAGAUGUUUCUCUUCCUGGCCAAAGCAAUGAGGAACCCCCAUUUUGUGGAGCAGCUGGUUCAGAAGAAGAAGCCCAGCAGAGAGAUUGACGCGGGCAAAUUCAUUAAGAAAAGGAGGCUCCUCGCCUCUGACCCUGACCCCGAUAGACGCAACUUCGAGGGGAACAAUGACCAUGAGUUCAGUGCCUGUGGAGAUGGCCAGAAUGGGAUUUUAUCGGAUUGUGUGGAUCAGAAGCCAGAUGGGUCUGUGAAUCUGGUGCCAAAUGAGAAUUUUACUGAUGCACUCGAACCAAAGUAUAAUGAGGCAACGGUGCACGGGGAUGCGUCCACAAUUUAUAAUGCAAUGUCGGAGAAGCUGCUGGAUGACAGUAGCCUGAUCACUGAAGGAGAGAUCGGCCAAGAACUGGCCGUCAAUGACAGUAACAUAUACUUGGAACUGGAGUAUCUGAUCGGGGAGCCGCCUGACUGGGGCGGCGUGAACGAACUCAAGGAGCAACCUGCGGCAUUAAUGCCUUGAUCCGCCGUAUGAUCUAAUUCUCGUCCUGCAAAGACGUACAGAUGGGGAGGUUCUCCCUUGGCAGGGUUUGAAUUAGGCUUUGCUCUGGAGCGCAUGGAGCUGGUUCCAAAGGUUGGAGGCUCAGAAAUGUCUGAUAGUCCAUUCUUCCAACUUGUGCAUAAUCCCUUGGAUCCU